AUGAAGUCAGUCCAGUUGUGUUUUCUUUCCUAUUGCUGAAAAGCAAUCCUCAGCAAUAACUGUGAGCUGACCAACAUCAUCAUCAUAGUGGAGAAAGAGGAAGGUCACUUCUGUAUAAACAUCAACACCACUUGGUGUGUGGGCUACUCCUACACCCAGGAUCUGGUGGUUAAGGACCCAGCCAGGCCUAACGUCCAGAAUAUCUUCAAGGAGCUGGUGUACAAGACCAUGAGAGUUUCUGGCUAUGCUCACCAUGUAGACUCCCUGUAUGUGUACCCAGUGGCCACUGAAUGUCACUGUGGCAAGUGUGACAGCAACAUCAUUGAUUGUACCAUGCAAGGCCUGGGGCCCAGCUACUGUUCCUUCAGUGAAAUGAAAGAAUAA